UUCCACAGAGUGACUAUGACUGAAUACAAGCUAGAGGUGACAACAGGUGACAAGCAAUAUGCAGGAACAUGGGACCACAUAUAUGUCACCUUAUUUGGAACUGAAGGACAAAGUGAGCGAACUGAGCUGGACAACUUUGGCACCGACUUUACAACUGGGACAACAGGGAACUACACCGUGAAAACCAAUUUGUCCCUGGGGAAACUUCUGCUGGUCAAAGUGGAGAAAGAUCCUUUUUUGUUUCUCCCAGAAGAUGAGUGGUACUUCUCCAAAAUAGUGGUGACGACUCCAGAGGGAGAUGUCAUUCUCUUCCCCUGUUACAGAUGGAUCUCCAGGGGAGAACUGGUGGAGCUGAGAGGAGGGAGAGCCAUGAAGGUUUUUGAGGAGGAACAUCCCCUGUUGAUUGACCACCGGGAAAAACAGCUGACACUUAAAAAGAGCUUAUACCAAUGGAAGAUUUUGGCUGAAGGACUACCCCACAUCAACCAUUUCAAUAAUGGGUCUGAGCUCCCAGCUGAAAUCCACUUCUCUAAGUCCAAAUUAACUGAAAAAGAUAACACAACAAUGAUAAUUGGUAUUGAACUCAAGCUUAAGGGGCUGAUUGGAUCUACUGAAAAAUGGGAAAGCAUCGACGACCUGAAAAAAAUCUUCUGGUGGAAAAAGACAACAAUGUCAGAGUAUGUUACAGAGCACUGGAAGGAAGAUGACUUUUAUGGAUAUCAGUUUCUGAAUGGAGUCAACCCUAAUGUGAUCAAGUGCUGCUCAGAGCUUCCCCAAAACUUUCCAGUCACAGAGGAGAUGGUGAAGCCGUUCCUGGCAGAGGGAAGCUCUCUGAGGGAGGAAAUGGAGAGAGGGAAUAUUUUCCUCUAUGACCAGAAGAGGAUGGAUGGAAUACCCCCUAGAGUCAAUGAUGGUGAACCUCUGCACGUGACUGCUGGUCUCUGUUUGCUCUACUUGAACCCAGAAAACAAACUGAUGCCAAUUGCAAUACAGUUGCAUCAACAACCUUCUGAGCAGAACCCCAUCUAUCUGCCCAGUGACUCAGAGACUGACUGGCUCCUAGUCAAGAUGUUUAUGAAAAAUGCAGAUACCAUGGAUCAUCAAGCAGUCCAUCACCUCCUGAACACUCACUUUCUGGCAGAGGUCUAUGCAGUUGCCGCUCUCCGCAGCUUCUCUGUGAUUCAUCCCCUCUACAAGCUGCUGUUUCCACACUUCCGGUACACUCUGUUCGUAAACACCGGAGGCCGCAUAGCUCUUUUGGGACCUGAUGGGGUUUUUACUAAAAGUUCACUUGGAAAUGACGGACUGACAGAGCUCAUGAGAAGGGCUCACUCUGAAACGACUUACAGCUCCCUCUGUCUGCCAGAGAACAUCACUGCACGAGGACUGGAGUCUAUCCCCAACUUCUACUACAGAGACGAUGGCCUGAAGCUGUGGAACAUCAUCAACAGCUUUGUGAAGGCAGUAGUGGAGUACUAUUAUCCCUCAGACAGUGAGGUGUGUAAAGACACAGAGCUACAGGAUUGGAUCAGUGAGAUAUUCACACAUGGCUUCUUAGGAAACAAAGCCUCAGGGAUUCCAGCAGGCUUUCAUACAGUGGAGGAAGUGAUCAAGUUCAUCACCAUGGUGAUCUUCACAGCGACGGCUCAACAUGCUGCAGUAAACAAUGGGCAGUUUGACUACUCCUCCUGGAUGCCCAAUGCCCCGCUCCUGCUGCACAAACCUCCUCCAACCACUAAGGGGCAGUCAAGCAUGAAGACAAUUUUGGAGGCCCUCCCAGAUGCUGGAGAGACAGCAAUAUUUGUGGCAUUGCUUUGGGUACUUUCAAACAACUACACUGACGAGGUUCCCUUGGGCACAUACCCCGAAGACCGAUUCGAUGAGCCUGCCCCUAAGCAGAUGAUUGAGAAAUUUCAAGCACAGUUGUCCUGCCUCACUGAAGAAAUUACUACAAGAAACUUGCAGCUUGAAGUACCCUACACAUACCUGAACCCUACUGAGGUAGAGAACAGUGUAACUAUUUAACUAAGCCUGAUAAAGCCAUUUUUAUCUGUCAGCAUUAGUCAAUAAUACCAACACCUGUCUUGCAUGCUGGGUUGUGUGUUAAACUCUGGACGACUAUAUUCUAGGCUGAUUCAUGUUAAGUGGGCCUGUGGUAGGGUAUCUGUAUCUUUGUGUGAAUUAUGUAUUACAAAGACAUAUGGUGACAAAUAACUUAAAUUAGCAGUUUGGGUAGCAAAUGUUUAAUCUUGGACUAAAGAUAUGUCCAAAACAGCAAACAUCUGCUGAUCAGUGAUGACAUAAUGUGAUGAAAUAUAAUUGUUUGGUACUCCUUAUAAUAAUACAGGAAAUCGUCUUGACCUGAUAAAAAGGUCAAAGCUUCACCAGUAUGAACCUUUAACUAUCUAAGCUAUUCAUUUGCAUAUUUUGCAGUCUAAAUUGGAAUUGGAAUUGGAAGGGCCAAUAUUGCCAAUUAUGAGAGCUAUUGUAGAAAUGAAAGUGGAAUUGCAAUUGAACAAAAAGAUUGGAUUUGAAGAAAAACUAACAGGUACCCCUCUCUCGAGAUGCGAUUAUUUUUUUUCUCUUUUUGCCUUAUGAGUGGACCAUCUUAUACCAGGGAACUACACCUAAAAAAAUUAUUGACAUCAUUAUUUGUUUGUUUUAGUUUUGUUUGUUGCUGCUCUUGCUUUUCUAUUUACACCUGUUACAUAUAACUUGCUUGUGUAGGCCAUCACUUCUAAACAAUAUCAGAUAGGUGAAUGUGGGAAAGGGGUGAUGGGAAGGGAGGGAUGCAUAGUACAUUUGUGAGUUGUAUUCAUUAUGUUUGUAUUGAUAUGCUAUAACACUGCCCUGUGUAAUGAUUAUUGUCAUCGCUAAGUGAAAAUCAAUAAACAUAUUGAUUAAAAAAGA